AACAUGAUGCCCACUGUUUAGUCUAAAUUUUUCAACUCUACAAAACUGAACUAGCACACAUUUUGAAUGCUCGAUUCAUCUGGAUUCACCAGUUAACAGGUUGCCACACUUGUCUCCAGAUACUUGGGGGCAAAACACGUAGGGGUGAGGGGUCACUACCAUCUCUAACUACUUCAGCAUGCGUCUCCCACGUAAGCCCAACACCGUCUUCACCCGUAAGAAAUGCGUAGCCAGCAGACACUUCUUUACGUGGACUCGCGGUUCCCGUGACACUUGGGUGCCCGUACAGACCUAGGACAAGCUCCGGCAGAGGCUGGCCAUAACCAGGUUUGCUCUCGGAGUAGAGGGGCUGUACCAGGACAUGGAGGAAUCAAGACUUGGCCCUUGAUAAACAGGAGACUUCAACUUGCCCUAUUAAUACCUAGAAAGAGCCGCUUUGAUGUUAAAGGUCUUGUUCUCCAAAGUGCUUUUUCCAAGGUUUAAACAGACUUAACCCUUUAAAGAGAUUGCCUCUGCGGCACUCAGGGACUUGUCUCCUUUGGUUUUAUCUUCUAGCCCUUAGUACUGUUCAGACUUCCCCUUUCUGCCACUGAUUUUAUUUAAAUAUUUUUUAGUUUGUUCAUCUGAGACAGCUAGCGAGUGAGAGCAUGAGCAGCGGGGAGCGGCAGAGGGAGAGGGAGAAGCAGGUUUCCGGUGGAGCAGGGAGCCCGAUGCGGGAUUUGAUCCCGGGACCCUGGGAUCAUGACCUGAGCCGAAGGCAGACGCUUAACCAACUGAGCCACCCAGGCGUCCCUCUGCCACUGAUUUUAGAACUCUGGAAGCUGAAGCCUCCUCCAGUUGAACUUAGAGUAUUCUAUCGGGACUUUUCCUAGCUGCCUCCCUGCUCCAGACACUGGAAAAUCAAGGCCUGUCUAUUCCAUCUUUGCUGAGACAGCAGUGCCUGCUAUCAAACUCACAUCAUGGGAUGAGACAGUGGUGGGAGCAUUGCUUCUGGGCAUUUCCCAGAAGUGGGGAAAACAGUGACUCAAACCCUAGGAUUUCUCCCUGGCCUGCCCUGGAAGCAGCCUGACCCAGGGCAAGAUUUUAAAUGCAGAUGAUUUCCCCCCCCCCCCAAACCACAGGUCAACAGGAUGGUCUUCAAAAUGGAAACAGGCUUCUAGCAAAGUGGACGGGUGAGUCCCAAACCAGUGUAACUUGCCGCACCUCUCCCUCGACUAGUUUUUCACUGGAUGUGGACACAGAGGUGGUUUCUGUUGUUUUCCACAGGGGAGCAGAGGACUACAGGUAAUGCCCCGGGCAGGGCCUCCGCUUGCUCCACCCUUGCUCCCAGCUCUCCCUUCUGCACUUAACCUGUGGCGCUUUCUCAUUCCCAUGGCAACAGGUCCCAGCGCUACACAGAUCCCAAACACAAUCUGUCCCUGUGUUUCUUUAUCCAUCAGCUUUGCCUCCUAGCAACUGGGAUUUCUGCCCCCAUUCUUUGCUUGCAUUCCAGCAGGCCUCCCCCUGGGGAGGAAGGGUGGCUCUCUCCCUGCAACUUCUCUUGUGUGACCUUGAGCAAGAACGUCCCUCUUUCUGGGCCUUGUGCCUCAUCUGCGUUAAGGAGAUUGGACCUUGAAGUUCUCAGCUCAAGUGUCUUCCUCCUAAGUCAUUUCUCUAAAUACAUGCCUCAAAGUCCCAAGUCGGGGGGCCUUUCGUGCCUCUGGUCUGUUUUUGAGAGUUACUCUAAAUUCUUUUUUAACGACCAGUGCUCAGAAAAUACCUGUUCCUUUCUGCAGAGCUUUAGAGUCAGGACCAUAGAGGUCACCUUGCCCACAUUCUCAUUUGGCCAGUGAGGACACAAGCGUUAGGGAAGGCUGGCUCAAGUCCACUGGUUUGUCAAUGGCAGAGGCAGGACAGUUCUCUUUCCAUCUGAGUACUCUGAGUACUUCGCCUUUUGGGUGAAUAAUUGACAGCUUUUUGCAGGGUUUUCUGCAGCAAAUUUUCCAGCCUUGUGUCUGUUAGGAACUGAGCUGAACAGCAGGGUAGCAAGGAAACUCCCUGACUCCAUCCAUCCACACACACCCAAGAGCAAAACCAGCACGAUCUUUCACAGACCUGGACCCGGCAGGGUCUGGGCCGAGCACCUCUGAGGGCCCCUGUCCUUCAUUGCUCUAGAGGCCGAAACAAGCACCUGAGCGGGAGGCAGCAGAAAGAGACCAGCCUUUACAGUCCAAGCCAAUUACUUAAUCGCCCCAAGCUUCAGUUUCCCCCUCUGUAAUCUGAGCAUAACAAUACCUACUCAGAGCUGUGUUGGGAACACACUAGGUAUGCAAAUGUCCAUGUCCCACAAACACCCCCACGUUUGCAGGACUGCGCCAUCAACAUUCACGGUCCCUUAGGGGGUGAUGCUCAGCCAACGUUUGGUUCCCCUAGCCUCUCAGGACGCUUGUGCCUUCUUUUCUCCUCCGAGCAACAUAUGAUGAAGGCUCAGGAGUGCAAAGUAUAGUGCUGCCCAAACCAGAGUUAGUGAAGUAGAGCCACAGAAGGGACGAUCCAAUCCAAGGGAUGAGCAUUUCUGAUUGCCUGAUAUUUAGCUUGGCCUGCCUCUUAGAGAUCACGGAAGGUGGUCUGGAAAGGAGCUGCAGUCUCCCAGGCUCCUAGAGACUAGGGGACAUCCAGAAACCAGGGGAUGAGGGUCAAGGCUAGGGGUGGCAGUGAACAAGGAUAGGAGGAGGAGGACGACUGACAGAUUUGGGUGGGGAAGAAGAGUUAGACCCUAAUGCACACCUCCUGCGCCGGCCCUGGGAACAAGGAAAAAGAAGGCAUUCUCGAUGAGAGAACAAGCCUGGGCACUUGUCUUUAGCAGGAAGGACACAGCAUGUUCCAGGGCCAGUGAAGAGGCUGGUCUGGCUGGAGUGGAAGUUUGAGCUAGAGAACUAGCAGGAGAGAAACCUAAGGAGCCGGGAGUCCCAGAAUGUUCUAGCCAAGCUCAGGCUGGCCUCGCCCUUCCUGGUGACAGAAGAGCCAGAGAGUCAAGGAGAGAGAAGGCUGUGUGGGGUCAGCAUGGGGGAGUUAGAGGGAGCCAUGCCGAAGCCCAAGAGAGCUAGACACCGCUGGAGCGCCCUAGUUCCCCUUGCCCAGAGGAUGGCCACGGACAACAGCAAGGCCAGAGAGAAGCUUCCAGCACAGCCUCUGGAAAACUGCUCUGUGCUCACAAAUGAAAAGGCAAAUAAUGUUUUAGUGUCAUUAUGGAAAUACUUUUGACCUCUCAAACCCUCUAAAAGCAGUCCCCAUCCAAGGGUCUGGGGAAAAAGUCUUGCCCCCCAUAUACAAGCAGCCCAGGGCUCCCCAGGGGAUGAAUAGAGAAGAACCAGGGGGCGAAGGGUCUCCCCUGAGUAUGAGGACAGUUGCGUGAGGACCACAGAAUCUAUCUCCUUUGUUUCUUCUCUCCCCUCUGGGUUCCUCACUUUGUCCCCCGCUCUUGCCAACAGGCCUCGGCCCCAGUGGAGGUUGAAAGAGGUGUGUCCUGCCAAGCACACACUUUGGAUUUCCCUAGCCCUAGAUUCCACUCUUGGCUCUGUAUCGCACCAGCUGUGUGACCCUGGGGAAGCCUCGGUGCUGUCAUUUGUGAGAUGGUUAUGCUCCCUCGUAGCGUGACCCAGGGAGGGAAACGACACGUAAGGCCUCUUGCCCAGGGCCUACUACGUAAUGUUCUGCAAAUGGUGGCCACGAAGAUGAUGCUGCCUCCCUCGUCCUGCCCUGCCUGACUCGGCCCGAGCAUGGCUAACACAAGACAGGUUAACAAGCCCUUUGCUUUCUCCCUGAGGACAGCUGGGCCAGGCCGGAUUUUUCCAAGAGACUGUCGUCACGGAGGAAGAGGCAUGAAGUGGUCUAGUUUGCAGAGUGUGGGUUUUCUAUCCUGCGGCAGAUGGUACCAACUGCCAGGCUCCGCAGCCCAGUGGAGGGCCUGCCCAGGCCGACCCUGUCCAAGGACUCGGCCCCUCUUCCUCCUUCUGCUCUGCCCUUCCUCCGCAGGCCGGCAGGCCCCGGGCAGAGACAGCCCGCCCCUCCCGCUCCCCUAGUCACACCAGCACAGACAGAAGCAGUGCGAAUGUACCAUGUGCUUCCUGGACUGGCUUAGCUCCGGGUCCUGGCCACACAGGUGCUCUCACAGGGGCCUCGCAAAGACCCGGGCUUGGCUAACGCCCCAGGCCCCGGAUGGGAGAACAGCUGCUUUUGUCCAGACCCCUCAGGGCUCCUAGGCCUAAAGCUGCCAAACCCUCACACCCAGCUUCCAAGGCCUUGGACAUGCCUGCCAUGGUCCUCCUUCCCUCCCAGCCCCCCUUAGGGACUCACUCAGUACUUGGGGUGAGGUGCGGAAAGGGGGUGUCCAGCUCCCCUGGUCACACACCCACCCACCCCACGAGUGCCUAGUUUCCUCUGCGUGGUGUUCUCAACCAUGGCCUGUGCCUUUAAGGACUGCUGCCCUGAGCCAAGCCCUUGACCUUAGCAUCCUCAGCUGAGUUGGAUUAAGGGACCAUUUCAUGCCUUUGCGAAUUCCUUCUGGCUGCCUCCUUCUCCAGCACAGGGAGCAGCCAGUAGCCUGGACCAGUUGGCCAAGGGCAGUCUGAGAGUCGGUCUAGUCUGGCAACCCCUUCUCAAAGGGGACAGAGGCUACCCCUUUGAUAGGCAGUUUGGGAUCAGGGAGUGGGCCCUUGGCGGUCUUGGGUGACCACAAGGACUCCCAGAAAGCCAUGCAGAGCCUCGAGCCAUGAAGGAACGCUCAGAUACCAUCCUGUGCAUGGAGGCGACAGAACUGAGCAAGACUGAGUUCUGCAAUCCUGCCUUUGAGCCUGAAUCGGGGUCACCGUGCCCUCCAGCGGCUUCUCGGGAGGACGCCGGCCGCAGCAUCCCGGCUCCCUGGCACGGUCGGCGCCCCCGAGGGCUGCAGCCCGACUGCCGCUUCUCCUGGCUGUGCGUCCUCCUGCUGGCCGGUGUGUUGGUCCUGCUGCUCGGGCUUCUGGCGGCCAUCAUUCUAGCCCAGUUGCCGGCUACACCACUGUCUGGGGCCUCCUAUCAGCCACUGCCUGCCCAAGGCCUGACCCCCAGUGGGACCACCACCCCCACCACCCCCUCCACCACCACCACCUCUCCGGCAUCUGGGAACCCAAAAGGACAGCUGGAGGAGGCAGGCAUGAGCCCCUCACCCCAGCCCACCUGUGGGGGCCUCCUUCCUGGCCCAAGGGGCUUCUUCAGCAGCCCCAACUACCCAGACCCAUACCCACCCAAUGCCCACUGCGUGUGGCACAUCCAGGUGGCCGCAGACCAUGCAAUACAGCUCAAGAUCGAAGCGCUCAGCAUGGAGAGCGUGGCCUCCUGUCUUUUCGAUCGCUUGGAAAUCUCCCCUGAGCCUGAAGGCCCCCUCCUCAGAGUGUGUGGGAGGGCGCCUCCCCCCACACUCAACACCAACGCCAGCCGCCUCCGGGUGGCAUUCGUCUCUGACAGCAGCGUGCAAGGAUUUGGUUUCCACGCCUGGUACCAGGCUGUGACCCCUGGGAACGGGAGCUGUGCUCUCGCCGAGUUCCCCUGCGACCAGCUCGUCUGCCUGCUGCCUGACUCCGUAUGUGAUGGCUUUGCUGACUGUGCUGAUGGCAGCGACGAGACCAGCUGCAGUGCCAAGUUCCUGGGUGCGGGCCCCGCCGGGCACAGCGCGGGGUGCGGGGGGAAUCUGACUGGGCUCCAGGGCACUUUCUCUGCCCCCAGCGACCCGCAGAGGUACCCUCACCACCAGCUCUGCACCUGGCACAUCUCGGUGCCUGCAGGACACGGCCUAGAACUGCGGUUCCACAACUUCAGCCUGGAAGCUCAGGACGAGUGCAGGCUGGACUAUGUGGCGGUGUAUGAGACCAGCAACGCAGGGGCCCUCGGCCUCCUGGGCAGGUUCUGUGGAGCAGAGCCACCACCUCGCCUCAUCUCCUCGCACCAGCAGCUGGUGGUGCUCUUUAGGACAGACCAUGGCUUCAGCACCGGGGGCUUCUCUGCCACCUACCGGGCCCUCAAUGCCACAGAGAGUAGGUGGCCCUGGGUGAGCGGGUGUGGCUGCGGAGGCGCCUCCAGGAGGACGAGGAAGGGCUCUGGACCCCGCUCAGGGCACCGCAAAGGCAGUGUGGGGGCACAGGCCUGCCCCAGGGCACCGCCAUGCCCCCUAUGCCUACAGAUCCCUGUGGGCCCGGAGAGUUCUCCUGCCGUGACGGAGGCUGUAAGAGCGUGCAGUGGACGUGUGACACGUGGAGUCGCUGCCUGGACAGCGGCGAUGACGGCUGCAGCAGCCCCUUGCUCCCGCCCCCAGGCAAGUGGGCAUCUGGGAGUUGACGGUUGGGGCUCCAUGAACCGGCCCAGCCUUGUCACGCAGAGAGCCCCUCUACACAGCCCACCUCGGAGAAGAAGGUGAGGGCCGCCCGGCGGGCUCAGUCCGUAGAGCAUGCGCCUCUUGAUCUUGGGGUCGUGAGUUCAAGCCCAUGUUGGGUGUGGAGCCUACUUAAAAAAAAAAAAGGUGAUGAUGAGAGUGAGAGCAGGGGCUUUCCUUCCAGAUGCCCAGCGGGCCCUGCCAAUGUCCGUGCCCCGUGCCCCCGAGAUCAGAGAGACACCUGCAUCAUGCCCAGGGCUGGUGAAGGAUGUUUGGGCAGGCUCUUGUGGAUAAUGGGCUCCUGUGAUGUGUGCAAAGCAUCUCCCCAUAUUAUCUCCUUUGACUCCCACAACAACCCCCAAACGACCCAGAGAGAGCGGUUGGGUGACUUGCCCCAGGUCACCAGCCCGUGUACCCCCC